UGUCCUCGCAAAGUUCGGUUUUAUCCGAUUAUACACUAGCACGAUAUUAUGUGUGACGUUGACAUUACACAGUGAAUAAAACAAGUUUAAAAAGUAUACAAAAAAGACGAAUGUUACAGAAGGACACGAUUACAUCGUAAUGCGUUACAUGAAUAAUAAGUUUUAAUUGAACAAGCGGUCUUACUUCGCGAGGAUGGAAUAUAUGACUAAUUUAAAAAGCAUUUUGUUUGUGAUUUUUAUACACUUAUGUGUGUUGAAUUGUGCUCAUUUAGCAAGGACUUAUUAUAAAGAUGUAUCCCCGAACAGCGUUGAAAUUAUACCAAGAAUAAGUUGGGUAUUCAGCAAUUCCAUUGGCGGUGCUGUUAGGGUUAAAAGAGCAAGUGUGCUCAAUUCUUAUUUACCUUCUAAAUGUCGAAAGAAUUUAAGUCAACUAUGCAAUGAUAUAAAUAUAAAUAAUGAUGAAUUAACGCUAUUAGAGUGCAUUCAAACUUUCAAGCCAACUCAGGUAUCUAGCAUUGAUGAUGAAUGUCGUCAAGCAAUUUGGGGAUAUAUAUUAAAUGUCACUGAUAAUUUAAAUAUAGAGAGAUUAGCUAAGAAAACUUGUGGUAAAGAGUUAGAUGCUUUAGACUGUUCUGCGUCUGGUAACAAGCAUGGAGCAUAUCUAUCUUGCUUAAUUGACAAAAGGGAAAAAGUCAAGGAUCUUGAUUGUAUCACAUAUAUUCAACGAUUAGAAUGGAUUGCAUUUAGCGAUUUUAGGAUUAUAACACCAUUUUCUUCUGAUUGUGAAAAUGAUAUUACAAAAUUCAAUUGCGAUAAAAUACAACCAUACAGAGAUAUAUCCCAGGGACAAAUACUGGCUUGUUUACAAGAGCAUAUUAAUGAUCUUCAACUUCAAUGUAAACGACAUAUACUUCAUGUUUCCGAGAUACAAGCUGAAAAUGUAGAGUUAGAUCGACAAUUAUACAUGGCUUGUGAGCAAGAUCGUAUAAAAUUCUGUCCAAACAUUAGACCAGGCAGUGGACAAGUAUACAAGUGUUUAAUGCAACAUAAAACAGAUAGAUCUAUGACAGGAAUGUGUCAAGAGCAACUUGCAAGAAGAGGAAGAUUAAUAGCAUCUGACUAUAAAGUCAGUAAAGGGCUAGUGAAAGCUUGUAAAGAGGAUAUAAGAAGUAAUCAUUGUAGAAGGUCUUCUGAAGAUAAGAAUAUAAGACUUGCACAAAUUCUUUUCUGUUUGGAAUCAGCAGUAAAAAAUGGUAGCAAAAUCGAUGGAAAUUGUCAGGCUGAAAUGUUUGAUCACAGAAAGCUUUUAAUGGAGGAUUAUAGAUUGUCCCCAGAAAUAGUUGAUGGAUGUGCCAAUGAUAUAACAAUUUUCUGUAAUAGUCUUGAAGUUGGUGGUGCAACAAUUCAUUGCUUGAUGGAACAUACUAGACCCAGGAAGAAGAAGUCAAGGGUAUCCAGCAGAUGCCAAAGAGCUUUAGAAGAAUUAAUUAUGGAAGCUGAUGUUGGAGAAGAUUGGAGAAUUGAUCCUGUUCUAAGAGAACAAUGCCAACCGGUUGUUAAUUUAGCUUGUAGAGAUGUACAUGGUGGUGAUGCUAGGGUAAUAUCUUGUCUGAUGGAACAACUUGGUACAAGCAGAAUGACAGAGGCUUGUGAAACUGCUUUAGUUCAAAUACAAUAUUUUGUUGCUCGCGAUUUUAAAUUAGAUCCUCAGUUGUACAGAGCAUGUAAGUUUGAUGCAACGCGAUUAUGUCAUGCGAGAAAUGCAUGGGCUAGUGAUGGAAGACAAAUGGACCCAGAACGAGGACCUCUUAUUUUACCAUGCUUAUAUAGGCAUGCAUAUCAUCCUCAAAAAAAUAUGACAUUACGAACAGACUGUCUUGAAGAAAUUAGACGUGUGAUGAGACAGAGGGCUGUUACCGUUGAUUUACAACCUGAGAUUGAAGAAGUGUGUUUAAUUGAAUUGGCAUCAUAUUGUUAUGAUAAAACUGCAAAAGGAGAAGAGAUAUUGUGCCUUCAAGAUAAUUUAGACAGUUUAAAUAAAAAUUGCAAAUUAGCAGUUGGCAAUUUUACAGAAGAACAAGCUGAACGUGUUGAAUUAAAUCCAGUAAUUUCCGCAGCUUGUCAGCACAUCAUGGAACGCCAUUGCGAGGAAGUAUUAAAAUAUGGUAAAGAUGAGGGUGAUAUGAUGGAGUGUUUAAUAGAACAUAAAAAUGAUUUGGAUGUACGAUCUGAUUACAAGUGUAAAGUAGCCGUGGAACAUUUCCAGUUAAUCUCACUGAAAAAUUACCACUUUACUUAUAAAUUUAAAGAAGCUUGUAAACCUUCUGUCAAAAGAUGGUGUCCAAAAUCGAAAACUAAAGCAGAAGUAAUAGAAUGUUUGAGCACAAUAGUACAAGAAGAUAUAAUGAAAGACACACAACAUCAUAUACCAAAAGAAUGCAGACAACAAUUGCGAGCGCAACUUUAUCAACAAAGAGAAAACAUUCACUUUGAUCCGAUUUUACAAGCACAGUGUGCAACUGAUGUAAAACAAUAUUGUUUUAAUGUUGAAGCAGGAAAUUCACAGAUUCUUGAAUGUUUGGCGGCGCAUAAAUCAAAAUUAUCUGAUGCAUGUCAUAAACAAUUAUUCAAAGUAAGAAAACAAGAAUUCCAAGACAGCUCAAGCGAUUUUGCUUUAUUAAACACUUGUCGCGUUAUGGUAAGAGAAUUCUGCCGCGACAUCAGUCGUUCACAAGCGUUAGAUUGUUUAAAAAGACAUAAAGAUGCGCCUACUUUUGAUGAAAAAUGCAAGAAUAUUGUUAUUCGACGAAUGAUUGAACAAAACACAGAUUAUAGAUUUAAUACUGUAUUACAAGCCUCGUGUUCCUCUGAUAUCAAUAAACACUGUAAAGAGGUUUUAAUACAUGAACCGACUGAUAAAGAACUUGAAGGAAAAGUUAUAAGAUGUUUAAAAAUAAAAUUUCGGGAAGCAAAACUUGCAACAAAAUGUGAAAAUCAGAUGACUAGUAUUCUGAGGGAAGCAGCCUUAAAUUAUCAUUUGAAUCCAUUACUUGCUAGGAUGUGUGAACACGAGAUUGAAACAAUCUGUAGAGCGGACGAAAAUGAUCCUGGUGCAGUAGAGGAAUGUCUCAAAAUGGUAUUUAAUGCUGGUAAUAGAGACAUGAGAGAAGAAUGCCGCCUUGAAAUAGCUGAUUUGAUAGAAGAAAGAAGAGCAGAUAUUAAUGUAGAUCCUUUGUUACAAAAAGCAUGUGCUGUUGAUGUCAGUAAAUAUUGCAGUCAUGUUCCUCACGGAGGAGGAAGACAUAUCAUGUGUCUGAUAAAUGUAUUGGAAGAUAAUACCAAAUCUUUAGAACUUGACUGUUACAAAAUGCUAACCACAAGAAUUGAAAUGUUUAGGAAUGCAAUCAAGUUAACUGGUCCAAAUUCAUUUCAAGAACUGUACUCAACGGUUAAUCGAUCUCCUGCAAGACGAUAUUUUAUGAUCGUUGCAUUAACAAUGAUUGGACUGAUUUUUAUCACAGGUUUAUUUUGCGGGAGGGUGACGCGAAGAACAAUGAUAAUGAAAAACAAAUGAUGUAUUCAAGUGAAUAAUAUCCGUCCCCGAAAGGAAUAUCAGUUGGUGUAGUUAAAAACGAUGGAAAAAAAUACUCCAAAAAGUUAAACAUGCAGCAUGCAAAUAAAAAGUGAUUGAUCAGACAAUUUGUCUGCAAGAUAUCAAAUACUGCAGAAAAUAA